CCCUCGCUCAUUUCCGGGUCGGGGCCGCCUCCAGCGCUCGCGGCGGCUCCGCUCCCCGGGGCAGGGCGGCCGCAGGUGCCUGCUCCCCCUUGGCCGGAUCAGCUUUUUCAGACACAGUGACAGAGCCUUUUGAAAUAAUUUCCACCAAAAGGGUGCCCGGGUCCUUUGAGCAGCUUUUGGAAAUUCAGCCUGUGUGGAAGCCAAUUUGAUGCAGAGUUCUUCUCUGUGCUCCUGCCCUGGGGAAAAAAACGUUGAGAAAAUGGAGAACCAGAGGGGAGCACUCGUGGGACACGUCCACUGGGAAGUAGAAGAGGAAGGGGAUGAGGAGGAUGGGGUGGCUCCUGAUGCUUCUCCUUCCAGCCAAAUGAGUGAAUUGGAAGAUGUGCAGGUGGAGAUGCUCGAGAAGGCAAGGGAGCUCUUCCAGCUGUGUGACAAGGAUGAGAAGGGUUUUAUCACCAAGGUGGACAUGCAGCGGCUCCAGAGUGAGCUCCCCCUGACCCUGGAACAGCUGGAGACUGUUUUUGACAGCCUGGAACAGAACAAUAAUGGAUAUCUUACGCCUGUGGAGUUCAGCAUGGGACUAGGAAAGUUAUUAGGGAUUGAGUUGUGUCAAGGGGCUGGGAGAAUGGAUCACUCCAGACACGAGGAAACCUUUGAGUCAGGCUGGUCAGAUGACUUAGACCUGGCAGAGGAUGAUGAAGAGAAACGAUUCUGUUCCAUGAUGGAGCAGCUCGGAGCAGCCCACAUGUUUGACGAUCCACGUGAGAUUCGGGAACUCUGGGCUCGGCUACGAAAGGAGCGUCCGGAGCUCUUAUCCAAUUUUGAAGAGUUUCUGUUGCGUGUUUCAUCAUACAUAAGGGAGGUGAAUCACGAGAAGGAGUCAAUGGAACAGGCAUUGAAACGGAAGGAGACAGACCAUGACCGAGAAGUCAGGUGCCUUUAUGAAGAAAUGGAGCAACAGAUCAAAGCAGAAAGGGAGAGGCUGAUCUGCCAGGAAGCACUGAGACAUGACAGGAGUAACCUGCUCCAGAAGGAACUGCACAGCAAAGAGCAGGAGCUGGAGAAAAUCCUGUACCGCCAGAAGAAGCUGGAACAUCAGCUACAGUCUCUGAACUCAGAGCAGCUGGAGACCCGUGUACAGAACGAAAGGCUACGGCACCUGAAUGAAAACCUACUGGAAGAGCUGGAGAAAAGCAAAUGGGAGCUGGAGGCGGUGAAGGGGCAAUUACAGAAGCUCCAAAAAGAGGCUCAGGUUGAGCAAGAGCAGAAGGACAGGGAUGUGUUUAGAGUCUCCAAGAACAUGCAGAAAGAGAAACAAAGCCUCCUUCGGCAGCUGGAGCUCCUCAGAGAGAUGAACAAGAAACUUCGAGAUGAGCGAGACGCUUUUGAAGCCAAGAAGCUGGCACCUCAGAGCAAAAAGCCCCUGUUGAAGAAGGGGUCAGUGCUAGGCAGCUACCUGCUGGAUGACAAGCCAGUCAAACGACAACUGGCCUCUGCGGACCUUCCCUUCACCUUCCCCGUGGACACGGCAGUGGAAGAACCCAACAAAAAGAGCUGUAAAUACUUCCCAGGCAACGGGACAUGGCUGAAGACAGGAGAGGGAGGCAGCACAAACUUUGGAGAGAAGAGCGGAGACAAGGAUAGAUGGUCAUUGUCAGCAGAUGCUGAGUGGUUGAGGACAACCUUGAAGGGUGAUGCUGACUGUAGAAAAAAUGCAGAUGGAUUAGAUGAUGCUCCAUUGCCUCCUAGAGGACAGCCUGUUGGCACCGAAACCAGGCUCCAGGCACUGGAACCAGCCAGCUGUUCCCCAGACCGCAUCUUUAAAGUAGUGUUUGUGGGGAACUCUGGUGUUGGGAAGAGUUCCUUCAUCCACCGCUUCUGCUAUGACAGGUUUUUGGCUGAACUCAAUGCAACCAUCGGUAUUGAUUACCAGGUGAAGAGUCUGAUGGUGGAUAACACCCAGGUUGCCUUACAGCUGUGGGAUACAGCUGGACAAGAAAGGUUUCGGAGCAUUACCAAGCAGUAUUUCCGGAAGGCGGAUGGGAUUCUGGUGAUGUACGACAUUACAGCCGAGUGCUCCUUCACGGCUGUGCGGAACUGGAUGAGCAGUGUCCAGGAAGGUAUCGAGGAUGGAGCUGUGGUCUUUCUUCUUGGAAAUAAAACGGAUGCUGCGCAGAGAGAGACCCGGAAUGUGCCGAAGGUAUCGAGGAUGGAGCUGUGGUCUUUCUUCUUGGAAAUAAAACGGAUGCUGCGCAGAGAGAGACCCGGAAUGUGCCGAAGGUGGAGGGGGAAAGACUGGCAAAGGAAUACAAGGCUGUCUUCUACGAGUGCAGCGCGAUGACUGGCUAUAACAUCAUGGAGCCCAUGCUGCACAUGGCCAGGUUGCUGACAGCACAAGAAGACAGACAGAGGGAGAAUGCCCUGCAGCUGGACGAUGUCAGCAGGAGGAAAGGGUGCUGCACAUAGGGCACAUCAAUGUGUCAGCAAGAGACAUGGUGCCAACGCUGUUUCAUGAAGCUGGGGUUCCUUUUGAGCAAGCCGAAUCUGAUGGUAUCAGCUCUGCAGAGACUUGGGGAAGCUGCAGCUUUUCCCCAGCAGGGAAUUUCAAGGCACUAAAUCAGGCCAAAAUGUGUGUAUCAUCUGUACUGUUCCAUCUCCCAACUCUGCACGCAGCCCUGCUCGCUAGAGGCCUCUGCUUCUUUGGGGGAACUCAGAUGGUCUUGGCUAAUAGCACAAACUGGGCCUUCUGUCUGCAGAGGAUAAAGUUUUGUUCCUUUUCUUUUUGGCAAAGAAGUAACACAGUGGGUCCUGUGUUAAAUUGAAUUUUAGUGUAAGAGAUAAAGAAAUUAUUUUUAGUUUGGGCUAGCUCUAGGUAGUGAUCCAUUUGGCUCAAAAAGCAACAUCUCUUCUUAGUUCUGUAGCAGCAGAGCCCAGCUGAAAGCCUGCUUCGGGCAGCAGGAAAACCUCCUUCAGUUCCUGUAAGAUCUGGAUCGGGCCCUGUAUUUACUGCAAGAUUUGGCUUGACUUGCCAAUAUUGUAGGUAACUGAUUCCAUAUGUGGAUAUAGUAUGUAUUGAUAAAACGAGUCAUCCCAACGGCUUUCUUCCCUUUGUUACCCUAAUGGACCUUGUCACUGUCCCUCUCUUACUGUUUACAGAACACGGAGCAGUUGCCCAGGGACUCGCAGGGGCUGGCACGUGCUGCUGAUUCAUAGCCCCUUGCAGGAGCUGUGCUGUGCACAGUAGGGCAGCCAUAUAUAGCCUGUUCUAAGGCUGAACGCUGCCUGUUUCCUCCCAUUCUCUUAUCCUUUCCUGAAGAACCUCCAGCAACUAGGAACAGACUUAUCUGCAGUACUGAAAGAUCCUGCCCUGCCAGCUUGACCGUGGUGCUUUCAAAUGGACCUGGGCUGGAAGCACAAGGACUGUGUGAAACCUACCUAGUGAAGCUUUUUCUCUUGCAGUGACCCUGUGCAAUAAAUUCACUUUCCUGGUGAAGGGCCUAAGAAGGAGCAGGACUGAAUCUAUUCCUGUUGGGCAGGGCCCUUCUUGUCACUAAGGAUUCGGGCAAAGCAGGGUGAGGGGAUGGACGGGCUGGGUAGGAACUGGCCCCAAAAGUGGACCUCUCAGCAUAGCUGCCUCUGUGCCCGGGCACGAAACCCCUGGUGUUCCCUGGAGUGUGAUGCUUUCUGUUUUGUAGCUCAGUUGCUCUUAAAGCCUUGUGGGACUAAGUAAGCUUUUUUGGUAAUGCCCUGUUCCCUUUCUUCUUUAAGCCUAUUUCUGUGUGUGACUUCAGGAUUUUAGGAGAAAGGUGUGAUACGCCAGUUGUGACGCAGUCCCUCCGGCCUUGUAGCUUAGGGAGAGCCUAUAUUUAUCUACUGUCUUUCCUCUCUUGGGAUAAGGCAAUUACUCUGAAUGUCUGUUUAUUGUACAAGUUUCUCUGGGAAUAUCCCGUGCAAGAAAAAGUAUUCUGAGUCAUCACUGUUACAAAGAAUUUCCAUGGUUCCUCCCAGUGCCCUUUACUCCUGAUAGGAAAGAGGAAGUUUUUCCCUGGAAGCGCAGGAUUCCUGACUAAAAGAAAUAGCUAAAAGUAAUAAGCUCCUGUUUGAUCCUUACUGCUGGCUGGCUGUGGUUCAUGCUGUGUGUUAUUGCAGUAAUGCCUUCCAGAGUCUGGGAAGCAGAAAAUUUGAAAAGGUCCAGAAGGAACCGGAGGUGCUGGUGUGGAGUCUAGGGUAACACCACCAGCACUGCUGGUGGAAGUGCUCCUGUUUGCAAGAAAUGAUUUUUGGGAAGGGAAAUCCUCUCUGUUUUCAGAAAGCACCUGUGAUCUGAACACAAAUGUGGCUUUCUGGCCAAUGUGGGCAUGAAGGAGCACUGAUAUUAUCUCCUGCUGAAUAGGUCAAACCCACUACCUGAGUUGGAGCAUGAUCAGAGGAAUCAGCUCCCCCACUUGCAGGUUAAUAAGGAGUGGGGCUGACUAAGAACUGGCAUCUUUAGUUGGGGCAGAUCGGUUAAUGCUAACAUUUACUUACCUGCAGCAGCAGGAUUGGGGAAGUUCCUACAGAAGGAAGAAAGCUGUAGCCAGUUUGCUAACAUGAUCUGAGUGCACACCUCCAACACUGUGUGCAGAGGACAUGAAAGACCAAGGUGUGAAAUACAGCUGACACACAAAUAGGGGCUAAUGUAUAUAUUACCUUUACCAGUGUUGUCAUAUUGCAAUGGCAAGAACUACCACGUGGGUGUUCUUAAUGUACAACCUUAAGCAUGUUCUCUUAGUGCACAAGCAGAGUACAGGCAAUAAAGAA